AUGAGCAAGGUCAAGCGGCAGUAUGUCGCCCUUGCCGGUGGGCUGGCUUUGCUCGGAUCAGCAGCCUUCUGGAUCUACAGCAAGGCCGUCAGCACGCAAGAGCUCGAAGACGACUCUACCCCGUCAUCGACGCAGCUUGCAUUGCCAAAGUCAAGAGGCAGACGACUACGUGCCUCGCUAGCAUGUCCAACUCUACCGCCGCCCAGUGUCCUGCAAAAACUGUCAGAGGGCUAUACGCUCCACAUCAUCCUGCCAUGCGAUGCACCCAGCGAUGACAGGAACAUCGUGCUGCCCAGCGUGCCCCAGGAGCUCCUUGACCUCGCUGGUUUCGACACGCGCAGACUCCUCUGGCACUCGCUAGACGAAGGAAAGCUUCAUCUGACGCGCCACCUGGCCGCAGACGUGCACAUCGAAGCCCUCUUGCCCGAAGCGAGCUAUGCAGACCUGACGAAGCUCACAGACGGUAUCAAGACUUUUGUCGGUCGACUCAAUGUCAUCAUGCCAUCUUCCGGCGGCCCAACGCCAGCCGGAGUACGCCUGUUCGCGUCGUGGCAGCGACUCCAAGACACGCUUGCUUGA